UGCAAGAAACUCUAUCAUAAAUGAAGGCGUGGCUCCUGCAACAGCUUCGGCAGAACGUAGAUAUGUCCAGGUUCGUUGGGAGGGGACCUGAUGUUGAUUCCUUGGUGGACAAAUUGUGCAACCCUUCCCUGGAUACUGAAUAUGUCACCAGUAACAGCCUUUCUGUUGUGGCCAUCACCGGUUUUGGAGGUAUUGGAAAAUCAAGGCUAGCAAAAAACGUUUUUGAAGACAAGCGAGUGACGGAUACAUUUUCCCAAAGAAUUUGGAUUGUUGUAUCGGAAGAUUUUAACAUUGUGAAGAUGUUAUUAAAAAUAUUGGAGUACGUUGAAAUGAACGGUAAAGAGAUUGCCAGCUGCAGCGAAGUAGCAGUAAGAAAACUCAAGGAAAAGCUAGAAGGACAGAGAUACUUACUAGUGCUUGACGAUGUUUGGAAUACCCAUCAAGGUCUUUGGAACGCAAUGAAAAGUUCACUGGAAAGUAUUGGUGGUUCUAAGGAUAGCAUGAUACUGGUGACAACUAGAGAUAAAGUUGUUGCACAUACAAUGCACGCGUCUUCAACUCAUGAAUUGCCAGAGCUCUCAAAAGAUGAUAGUUGGUCUUUGUUUAAACAAGUUGCCUUUGCAAAUAAGUCUCCGGAGAACAUAUCUAUGUUGGAAACCACUGGUGAAGAGAUUGUUCGGAAAUGUAAGGGAAAUCCUCUGGCAAUAAAGACCAUUGGAGGAAUAUUGCAAACUAAACAACAUUCAUACGAGUGGGAGAACAUUGAACAAAGUGAGUUAUGGGAUUUACUACAGGAUGAUGAGACUGGAAUAUUACCAUCGUUGAAGCUCAGCUACAAAUCUACAAUCAUCUGCCAUCUCCGUAAAGAUUGGUUGAGAUUUAAUUGGAUGAAUGCUACAGGAUGCAUGACUCUUCCACCUCUGUGGGUAAGUGAUGGGGGAUUCCAGAUUUCUGAAUUGGGAUGUUUGCCUCACGUGAGUGGCUUUUUAGGAAUUUCCGGCCUUGAGGUAAUUAAGAGCAAACAAGAUGCUGAAGCUACAAAUAUAUCAGAGAAAUCGAGACUUAAUAAGUUGGGGCUAAUGUGGAAUAGAGACAAUGACUGGGUAAAGCAAGAGGAGGUAUUAGAUGGCUUGAAGCCAAACCGUAAUUUGAGACUUCUGAUAAUUUACGGGUAUGGGGGUGAGAAAUUUCCAUCUUGGAUAAUGAGAAUGGAUGCAGUCUACAGCCUGAUAAAGAUAAUCAACCUUAUUAAUUGUCGAAGGUGCCAAAAAUUGCCAACAUUGGGGAACCUGCCUUCUCUUGAAGAGCUUGAGAUCAGAGAUAUGGAUAGGUUGGAGCACAUAGGUGCAGAGUUGUAUUGUAAUGCUGAGAUAUUAACUGAGGAUGCAAGUAGCAGUUCCAACUUUGGGGUGUUAUAUUUUCCAAGCUUGAAAAAACUUCAACUAUGUGGGCUUUGGAAUUUAAGAGAAUGGGGUGAACCGUGCUCUGGGGUUAGGUCAUCAAGGUCUUUCUUUCCUUCCCUGGAAGAAUUAGUCAUAGAAGAUUGCCCUGAAUUGACGACAACUCCAAAUAAUUUCCCCUCUCUUACAAAGCUAACUGUUAUAAACAACACUUCCGGUCUCCCAGUGUUAAACAUACUUGACAAUGAAAGCAGUCUCGCUUGUCUGAAGAAUCUUCAUAUUGACAACGUGGUGGAGCUCAUAAGUUUAUCUCAGAAGUUGCCUGAAUAUUGCACAUCUCUUCAAACACUGCAAAUCGAUAGAUGCAAGAAGCUGACUUGCUUGCCAGAGCGCCUGUCAAAGCUGGUUUCUCUUGAAUUGUUGCAUAUAUGUUUUUGUUCUGGCCUGGAGUCUCUACCCAACCUCAGCAGUCUAGCCUCAUUGCGUCGCCUUCAUAUCUUCCAGAAUGAUAAUUUGAAGUAUCCUCCGGAGGGUCUGCAAUGCUGCACGUCGUUGGAAGAAUUGUGGUUAUCAAUUUGCUCAAAAAUUGAGACACUCCCUGACCUGACAGCAUUGACUCGUCUUACCAUUCUAUGUAUACGUGGUAUGCCCAAGAUGAUGAGUCAGUCGCCUGAUUCUGAUUGGAUAUACAGCCUUCCUUGUCUUCAAGUGCUACAUAUUGGGAGGUAUGAUCAGCUAGAUCAUUUUCCUGAUAUAAGUCCCCUUUUGAAAAUCACAUCUCUCAAGAAUUUGCUGUUGUAUGGUUGGAAAAACCAAGACACUUUAAGGCGCUGCAACAAUUGCAAAUUGUUGAUUUUAAGAGCCUGGAAUGUCUUCCAGAUUGGACCGGAAACCUUUCAUCUCUCCAGCAAUUGGUCCUUUCUGGGUGCAAGAAGUUGAAGAAACUAGCAGCGGAGGAUGCCAUGAAGCGACUCUCAAAAUUAAGGUACUUGCAAAUUGAAAAAUGCCCCCUCCUGGAGGAAGCCAUUAAGAUCAACGGCACAGAGCAUCACAAGAUUUCCCACAUUCAAGUUGCACUUAAAACAGAAUGAAUUUGUAAGUCCUUGCAAUCAACGGAAUAUAAGUUAUUUUUGAAGUAAAAAUUCAUGUAUUUUACCUCUGUAACAUUCAAUUGCUUUCUUUGAAGUGUUGAAAUUUAUCAUUCGAUAAAUGAUACUAUCUUAAUUUUUUUUUCUUUUUUUACGAGGUUAAAUUUAUUCAUUUGAUUAUUACUAUAUGAACUUUACUUCUUUCCACUAACAAUCAUAUCUUUGAAUAAAAAAAUCAAAUAAUUGUUCUUUUGAUUCAAAAAUUAAAAUAUGUAUAUCCUCAGAUUUAUCAUCUGAGAUGAAGGAAUUUCCUACUGAAGAUUAAGAUGCCUAUUUUGCUGCUGAUGAAAUUGUUACCAGCCUACUCGUGAUCUUCCUUACAUGGUUCGCUAUAGGAAGUGCUUUCAGCAAAUGGGGAAGCAAAAUAACUAGGAAUCUUCCGUCAAUGGAAAAAGGCAAACCUUUUUUGAAUUGUUAUGCUUUGUAAAGGAGGAUAAAGAAACCUUUCAUAUUCCGAGCCGAGUAAACAACCCUCACUCUUACACUUAGCAUGUUUGGUAUGGGCUUUUUAUAGGGCUAGAAACGGAAAUCGGGUUACCGUUUCCGUUAGAAGAUGUUUGGUUAAAGAGUUAUGUAAUAGAAAUCGUUUCCCUCCUCUAACCCAUUCCAUUACUUUGUUUCCACUGUAAAAUUUGGGGAAACAAAUCCCCUUUCUUUCCUCUAUCUAUUCUCUCUCCUUUCAUACAACAGAUCACCCCUCAAAAUCCUCAACUUUGAUCGAUCGAAGCCACAAUUUCGCUGAAGAACCCUAAAUUUUCGUACUUCAAAUUUCCAGAAAUCCAUAAUCUCAAGGUUCAAUUUCCAUUUGUUGUGUUUCUUGUACAAUGGCUCGACUUAUGCGUUCUAUAAGGAAGAAAAAACUAUAACAAAUACAAUUAGUAAUUGCAAUGGUUAUUAUUAUGUUGAUGAUGUAUUGGAUGUGGUAUAUAAUUUGCGUUGUUACAAUAAGGGGGGUUCAAAUAAAAGAAAGGAAAAGAAACAAAAAAUUGUUACGAAUGUUAGUAUUGAGAGGGCUUUAUAGGGAGAGUGAUGUGAAAUGCAAGAGUGAGCUUCGCGUUAAUAGAAGAACUUUCAAUAUUAUUUGUGAGAUGCUUAGAGACAUUGGGGGUUUGAGUGGAACAAAAAACAUGUCGCUUCAAGAGAUAGUUGCCAUGUUUUUAUACACGUUGGCUCAUCAUAAGAAGAAUAGGUCUAUUGGACAAUACUUCUUUAGAAGUGGAGAAACCGUGAGCCGAUAAUUUCACCUUUGUCUAAGGGAUUUUCUCAAGUUGCAUGAAGUACUACUUUACAAUCCCACACCAAUAUCGGAUGAUUAUGAAGUUGAAAGGUGGAAAUCCUUCAAGAAUUGUUUAGGGGCAUUAGAUGGGACUUACAUUAAUGUAAAUGUGCCUUCACAAGAACGACCAAAGUAUAGAACAAGAAAAGGAACAAUUGCUAUGAAUGUAUUGGGUGUUUGUGCACCUAAUAUGCAAUUUAUUUAUGUUCUUCCUGGUUGGGAAGGUUCGGCCCAUGAUAUGCGUGUACUUCAAAAUGCUCUUUCUAGACCAAACGGUUUUAGGGUACCUCGAGGGUAUACGAAUUGUGAGGGUUUUCUUGCUCCAUAUAGAGGUCAAAGAUACCAUUUAAAAGAAUGGACGGAUCGACAACCCGAAAGUGCCGAGGAAUUCUAUAACAUGAAACAUGCUAGGGCGCGAAAUGUGAUUGAGAGAUGUUUUGGCCUACUUAAAGGAAGAUGGAGUAUACUUAGAAGUCCUUCAUUUUUCCCUAUUCGAACUCAUGGACGUAUCGUGAUGGCUUGUUGCUUAUUGCAUAAUCUAAUUAGAAAAUUCAUGCCUACGGAUGAUAUAAAAGAAGAUGAAUUGAGUGAAUCCGAUGAUGAUUCCGAGAGUGAUUCUGAUGAUGAGAGGGAGUUUAUUACAAGUGUUGCUACUUCAGAUCAUUGGACCAAUUUUAGAAACACAUUAGCCCAAGAUAUGUUUAACGAUUGGAGGGCGAGAGGUAGACAUGGUCAAUAACACAAAAAAUGGAGGCUAGUCAAGCUAAGGGUGAGGCAAGCAAUCGAGGAAGAGG